AUGUUAAGCAACCAACACAUCGUGACGGCCACACACUUGAUUUAUCUAUUACACGAAAGUCGGAAAAACUUGUUGAAGAUGAGCCAACGAUUGAUCUAUUUAUAUCUGACCACGCAGCCGUGUUGACCAGGCUAGGACUGUCUCGACCAGGUCUCUCCCUGAAAACCACCACUUACAGAAAAAUCAAAUCCAUAAACCUAGACAGCUUUCAUAGUGAUAUUCAAGCCAGCUCACUAUGCGAUGACAAACAGUUUGACACUGCUGACGAC